GGGGUGCCCAAUUAACAUAAAAGCCAACAUGAAUGUGGGAACAGCACACAGUGAGGUGAACCCCAACACCCGUGUCAUGAACAGCCGGGGUAUCUGGUUGUCCUACGUCCUUGGAAUCGGCCUGCUGCACGUCGUGCUCCUGAGUAUCCCCUUCUUCAGCGUUCCUGUGGUCUGGACUCUUACUAACAUCAUUCACAACAUGAGCAUGUACAUCUUCCUGCACACGGUGAAGGGCACGCCGUUCGAGACGCCCGACCAGGGGAAGGCUCGGCUGCUCACGCACUGGGAGCAGAUGGACUACGGGGUGCAGUUCACGGCGUCGCGCAAGUUCCUCACCAUCAUGCCCAUCGUACUGUAUUUUCUAACCAGCUUUUACACAAAGUACGACCGGAUACACUUCAUAAUCAACACCAUCUCCCUUAUGAGCGUCCUGAUCCCCAAACUGCCUCAGUUGCACGGAGUCCGGAUCUUUGGGAUCAACAAGUACUGAACUGCUUGGAUGGAGUGAAUUGAAGAGGAGCAGGGGAGAGGAGGGAAAUUCUGUCUCCUUAGUCUUUCUCCUCACCCUCAUGCACACUGGGAUAUAGUUUCACGGCGGCCGUUUAAAUGCAGUAUCCAAUAGACGUAUACCGCAUGCUGGAUCCUCAUGCCCAAUAAAUCUAAACAAGCUCCAGAGUAGAGUUUAGUGCAGAGCAGGAUACGUGAUGCUGGAUUUCUUUAAUCCAGUGUCAUUAAGUAGAUGCAGAUACACCGAGACUUCAAGGUACAAAGAGGACGAAUUCUGGGGAGGUUUUCAUCUGUCCCAGGCAUAGAAUGAAAAGUGCAGGGAUGAGGGAAAAGCUUCUAGUGCUGGUACUAUUGCUGUGGUAAAUGCACUUUAAAAUAUAUUUCCCUUUCUAAAGCUAGGUGCUUUAAAUGAUACAUGGGAAAAUCCAAAGGGAUACAGCCAGACUUUCCCAAAACUUGAUUGUUUUAGGAUAUAGGUUUCAUAUUGGGGUAGGGAGCGAGGAAGAAGAAUGUGACAGAUUUUUAUUUUUCAAUCCUUUAUCCCACUGAGAAAGGAUUUUACUGAGAAGAAUACAGGAAAGAAUGACCUACAGUUUGUCAAAGCUUUCAGUUUUCUAUGGUACCAUUCAUGUGGUUCCGGGGAUAAAGUCCCUGUCUGUUCCUAAAUCACGGUAGUUAUUUUCAACUCACAGCAUAAUUUGAGUAACUUUGCUCCCCACCCCAAAGAACCCAUUUUAAAGCAUACUCUGAGGACUCAGGUAAUCCAAAGGCUCUUUGAGCACUAAGGGGCAGGAAGCAGGUUAUUUUCAUGAUUGACUGGGAAGUGUCACCGAGCUACUUGUUACAGGGAGAUCAAAUGAGGAUGCAGCAAACUGAAGAUUGAGAACUGAGCUGAGAGGCUGACGGCUGCUGGAUACAGGCACUUAACCGUUGUGAGUGGAAUUUUUCUCCUCCAGGCAGCAACCGGAUCACCCAGGUCUGGGUACGUGUCACCGACACAGCCCGUUUUCUGGUUAGCUGCGGACUUAAUUCAGUGUCUCACUUCACACCAGGAAGUGUCUGAUAUCUGACUCGCCUGGAAGCCUGUCCCUUACCUCAAGGCACAACAUCUGGCCCAAAUACUGCAGCAGUGUCCCCUGGCCCUCGAGUGGCCUCCAAAAGGGUGAGGAGCUGUAGGACAGCUGCACUAAGCAGCAGCAGCAGCCAGCUACUGAAUGGAGCCCCAGAAGGAUGCAGUGGGUCACUGAAGAUAAUUGAUGAUUUAGGAUAGAAAGAGUGUUGAGCUUUUUCCACCCCCCAUCAAAUUGUCUACCUAAAUAAAAUGGGUUUGCAGGUUUAGAUCUCCUGGUUGAGAGAUCUUUCCACUGUUUCCAAAGCAGUAUGUUUUUAUUUUAGGUUGUGUGCUGGUUGAAAUGUGUUUUUCCUCAUGCUUCCCCGCAAAGCCAGUAGUUUUGUUGUCUUAGUACUUGUACAUCUCAGUUUUGACAACAAUAUAGAUGUUUUAAAUAAGGUAUUUUGUUCCUGCAUUAGCCAAGUAUAGCCUCAGAGGUCAGUGGGCAAGAGUGGAUAUUGAUGAGUUCUCUUCAUGGUCUCAAUAUAGACAGAGAUAGAAGAACUUCAAGUUUGCAUAUAAGGUCUAAUAAUACUCCAUGCCUAAUUUUGGGCAAGCUGCUCUACUUCUCUGUCUCAGAUUUGCUAUCAGACUGCUGCAGAGAAAGGGAAAAACAAAACAUUCAAUAUUUCUCAGAGGGCUGUUGUAAUGCCCAGAGACACGUUAUCUAAUAUGUUUGAAAUGAAAUAUGUUGAAUCUUAAGUCAAAAGAAAGCUCUUGAGAAGACAGACAAAAAAAGAGAGUCUGGCUUGAUGCUUAAGUGCUAUUCUCCAGUGAGGGAGUUUGACAGAUGUCUAAUUUAUUUGGUUUUUUGUUUGUUUGUUUUAAACCUUUUAACCACCAUGACAUAGAGAUUGCUGCUUUAGUUAAGGUACUAUAUGCCCUAAAGCUAAUAUACUCUUUACUCUUAAGCUACUAGACAAUGACUUUUGAAAUAAAAUAUUGUUUUCAAAUUAGAGCUAGUUCUUCAGUCAGCUGAGUAUCUUUGAUACUGUUGAUUUCUUAUUCAUUUUAAUGUCUUGAAUGCCUAUAGAAGGCCUGCUACCUUCACAUUUGUAAAGCCUGUUCUUAACAGGAUGGAUAAGCCAAUAUCUGUGGUGUGGACUACAUGGUGCUCAGCAAAUCCGAAUGUCUGACAGCAUGUGGAACGUGCACGCUAUUGGCAAAUCUCCUCUGGGGAGGAAGAGCACAAUUUAGUUAUUUAGGCAGAACGCGAGGGGCAAAAAACAUCAACUUACCUGCAAAGACAGUUAAUUUACCAACGAUGCUUCUGCUUUUAAAAAAUCAUCCCAAUGGAUAUAAGUAUUGACUAUUUCUGCAAGUCUAUGCACAUAACAAAAUCAGGGCUAUUUUGACAUUUUUAACAGAAAUACAAACUGAAGUUCAAGGUCAGAUGUUUGCAAUGAAAUACAUCGUUGUGGCUUCAUUGAACACCUUGGUGUUAAAGCAGCUGAGGAUCUGAACAUAUUUUAUUAUUAACUGACACUACAGAAUUUGAUUCCAUCUUGUUGAAUUAAAGAUUAAUUGCUAAAUAAUAUAGAAUAGAAUGGAAUGGAAUUGCAAGCUUCUCAAAAGAGCAAUUUUUAAAGUCUAAAAAUCUCAUUAGACAAAGCCUUAAUUUUAAUAGCAAACUUUUCUGAUUUACUUUGUUCAUACUGAAAUGAAUUAAAUAGCCAUUACACACAUGUAUUUGGGGUUACGUGGCAAGCUAGAUUCUUCACAACAUAGGCAUAGCAUUUUGGCCAGGGAAUAUCUUGAAGUUAACUUGGACUCAUGCACUUAAUCCUAUCAAAUGAAAUAUAAAUGAAAAUAGGAAAAAUAUGGGAAAAUGAAAUUAAAAAAACAGAAAAAAAUUCAUGUUAAUUAUACAGUAUGUUAAGCAUCUAGAUAAGAUUUGUAGUUACUUCAGCAAUUAUUGAUUUGAUAUCAAGAUGUCAUCUGCAGAGUAGGUAUGAAAAUUAAUAAGAAAUAGAAAACAACCUACCUGAAAAAGACUGUCCAUUAGUUCUCUUAGACAACAAGUUUUUCUCCAAGUACCUGCAAUGAAGGAGACAGAUGAUUGUUACUGAUUUUAAAUGGGAUUUUCAUGACAACAUGCAGGAUACUUCCCUCUGAGCCUUGUACUAGCUGCCUGCAUAGUGACCAGAAUGAACUGCGGCUGGAGAAUUAAAGGUAGACUCCAUUAAGGGACCGAGAACAAAGAAUGGACAAGUAUGUACCUAAAAAAAAGACACAGCAUUUUUGAUUUGCUGUGGAUGGAGAAAGGAAAAAGUUUUGAGAAGCAUCGUUGGAUGCGUUCACAGGUGCUGGCAAAAGCCAUUCCUUUGCCUGAUCUUGUUGUGGGCAAAAACUGCUCUAAGCCAUUGUCAAGACGAUGUAUUUGC